AUGAUUUCCGACGACGAUCUAUACCGCCUUGCCAUCUUCCUUGGCUCUGCAGCCAUGGUUCUCAUUGUCAUCUAUCACUUCUUCGAGAUCAACGCCCGGGAGGAAGAUGGCGCCAAGGAGACGUCAGGAACAAAAGCCAGGGCCGCCACAGGAAAGCAAGCGUCCUCCACAAGAUAG